AUGGCGAGUCCGUUAUACUACGCAUCUCUGACAGGUCUUCUACGUAUAAUUCGACUUUUGAUAGAAGAGGGUGGCGCCGAGGUCAACGCGGAAGGCGGUAAACACGGCAAUACACUCCAGGCAGCUUCAUCUAGAGGCCAUAAAGAGGUGGUGGAGUUGCUACUUCAGAACGGCGCUAAGGUCAACGCGAAGGGCGGUUCCUACGGCAAUGCACUCCACGCUGCUUCAUUUGAAGGCCACAAAGAGGUGGUGGUGUUACUCCUUCAUAACGGCGCCGAGGUUAACGCGAAAGGCGGUUUCUACGGCAAUGCACUUCAGGCGGCUUCAUAUGGAGGCCACAAAAAUGUGGUAGAGUUACUGCUUCAGGAGGGCGCCGAAGUCAAUGUGGAGGGCGGUGAACACAGCAAUGCACUCCAGGCGGCUUCAUCUGGAGGCCACAAAGAGGUGGUGGAGUUGCUGCUUCAGAAGGGCGCCGAGGUGGGCGACAUUUGCUCCCUUUGA